AUGCGACUUGUGCAUCCUGGCCAUCAUUCACAUCUAACACGCCAAUCCAACAAUCAGCGGGACCAUGAUAAGGAUUGGGCAUGGCUAAAUCUGAUCCCAUCGACCUUCCGCAGCGGACGCGAAGCCUCAAGGUCUCAAGUGCCUGACUCGCCGCGAUGCCAUCGGGCUCCCCCGCCUGAGCCGGACCUUUCUGUCCAUGUAGAUCAUCCGAGCUCAAAACACAUUCAGCUAGCUUUGGGCCGGCCUCUGGCUAUCUCGUCCAUGCGUGGACGAGCCUUGUCAGUGUCCCAUUUGUCUUUGUAUCAUAUUGCGAAAAAUCCCCUGGUCGCCACUGUCCAUUCAAGCCUCUCCCGAUCCACCAUCGACGAGAAUGGACAGCCAGUCGUCAACGGCCCGAACCUCCUGACAAGGGCUGGGAACAUGGCAUCCUCCGAUAGCGAGCCCUCUCGACAGCUUGGGUACCUACCGCCGCCGCCCGGCGUCACACCAGACUUUGACCAUCCACGAGACGCAGGCAGGGUGGUGGUUCUGGCUGGGCUGAUUGUCUGCAAUGUUCUCGUCACCAUUUUUGUCUCUCUGCGAGGCUACGUCAAAGUUUUUGUCAAUCGCCGCAUUCUGUUGGCCGACUUGAUCCAUUACGGUCUUGGGCACUACGCCUGGGAAGUGACGGUGGAGAAUUACUCUGAAGUGCUCAAGUGGCUCUAUGCGAGUUCCAUCGUCUACAUACCAGCGGCAUACCUCACUAAAGUCACCCUCCUGUUGCUGAUUGCCCGCGUUUUCGCCGUCAAUGAGCGCGUCGCCAAAGGCAUCCACUGGUUUCUCUGGGCACUGCUCCUCCUCUACACCCCCGUGCAGACCAUCAAGAUCAUCAUUUGCGUGCCGAUCAACUCAUAUUGGGACUUUUCCGUAUCGGGACGAUGCAUCAAUCAGCGCAGAGUAUUCAUCGUCGACCUGUCCAUCGCCGUCAUGGCCGGACCUCGUUAUUAUCAUCCUCCCCAUCCCGAUGACCUGGUCGCUGAACCUGCCUCUGAGAAAGAAAAUCAAGAUCAUCCUUCAUGCUUGGGGGCCGCGCGGUGCCGCAACAGCCGUCACCAUCUUCCGCUUGAUCAGGGUAGUCCAGUUCGUCGGCUCCAAGGACGUAACAGCCGACUUUGGCGUUCUUGGCUUGACGACGCCUCAUCUGUGCUUGCCUCCCUCCGUCAAUCUCCUUCUUCGAACGGUCGCUGCAAGCCUCUACGCCGCACGUCGGCAACGGCGCUGGAGCCUGCUGUGACAGACGUCGCACUGGUGGGACACGGUCACGGCAGCGGACAGCUGACGCACAGCCCUGACAACACCUCUCAGACGCCGGCGACGGGCCUUGUCGCAGACUGCCAUGACUGA